GACGCGAUAGGGGCGGAAGUACAAACGCCGAGGGGCGGAAUUGACGUCACCAACAGCGACCACUGUCCGGGAGAAAGAUUCCCUGUGCUAUGGAUGAGCUGGCUCAUGACCUGGCGUCUGCCCUUGAUGAGACAUCUGAGCAGAACCGUGUAGACGAAGAGAUCUGGGAUGGGCCUGGCCUGUGCCCCCGGCAGCAGCAGAGACGGCAGGCGCGCAAGCGGAGGGGUCGAAAACGCCGCUCCAACUCGAACCACUCGCUGGACUACACACGGUGCUACAGCGAGGUGUCUGAAUCCAGUCAGGAUGAGGUGGGGCUGGCUGCUGGCGGAGCGGACACUGACUCUGAUGAUGACCGGGCAGUGGUGAAACGACUCUCCUCUCUUAACGUCACGCUGAAGGGCAAGUAUCACAACUGGCACGAGUCAGACUCUUUCACGGAGAAUAGCCCGGGCCAGCCACUCAGGCGAAGACGCAAAGUCAAACGUGUGACCUCAGGCAGUGCAGGGGACGUCAGCUCCACACUGCAGAAGAAGCUGAAGGUGUCAGAACCCAGGCCAGGAUCUCAGUCUCCCUCGUGUCCCCUGAAACCCCCCAGCCAACACAAGAAGCAGCGCCUGUCCAAAGCAGCUGAUGAGGAGUCUUGGCUGAGCCCUGAGGGGCGCUCGAUCCACCAUAACCUUCACCUGGAGGGAGGCCUUCAUAAGAAGGUGAUGGACUGUCAGACCGAGGAGAACAAAGCCUCAGAUGAGAACAUGACUGACAGGAAGGCGAGAGCUUCUGCAUCUAUGCAGUCGUCUCUUGAGAACCUUGAGAUCUGUAGGGAGCUCACAACGAGUUACAGUGUCGGUGCCAUCUUAGAUCCCACCCUGUUAAUCUCUGGAUUAAGAGUCCAGCGAUAA